AUGAAUUUGAAAAAUAUUGACUUCAUCAAAAACACAGCUGUGAGAGACACGAUCCUGGACGAGACGUUGACUGCUCUUGCACCCAAUUUUGUCGUCUUCCAAAAAAGUCAGUUUGAGUUGUGGUUCCAAGAGUAUCUUUUUGUUCUACUGGCCAGUUUCCAACCAUCGUACCUGGUCCUGAUUCCUAAGAACCUCAGCUGUGACUCCUAUAAGGCAAUUUUGAAGGGUCUGGAUAUGAGUCUGAAUGUUCUUCCACUGGACCUUGAAGAGGAACUCAGAUCAAGCAGAGAAAUGAUGAGCCAGGCUUUGCCAAAAGAUUGCAGAGCUCCCUUCCCUGUUGGUGUGUGCAAGAGGACAGUGGUAGAUGAACAUGUUUGUCAAGGUGUAGGCAGUCACCUACCUCAGACUCAAGCCUCCUUUGGAAAUGACUCUGCACAGCUCUGCAACUUCAGCAUCUAUGAAUACGCCUGUUCAUCAGUUGAAGCUCUGACCUCCAAUGACCUGGUCACUAUAAUGACAUGUAAUCUGGCGAGCGGCAAGGACUACAGCAGGGUCACUUGGAAGCUUUUCUUCCAAAAGUUUGAAGCACCUCUGGAGGAAGCCUUGGAUGCGUUCUCCAACAUGACCCUCAUCGUCAGUCUGACCGACCCGCAUGUUCUCGAUGCCAUCGGAGAGGUGAAAGUCAACAACUUCACUGAGGAACAGCUUGCGGAUGCUGUUUUCAUCAACGAGUGGUUCCAGAUCAGGCUCAGACCAUUCUUGUCAACAGUUUCCUCUGACUUCCUCUCCUGUCUAAGUUCCAAGAAAUUCAGCUGUCAGACCUUCCAAGUUGUGGUGGAGGCUCUUAGCAGUCAAGAAAAGCUCAUGGAAGAAGAGCAGAAAUGGUCCAUCUUUAGUUAUUUCAUCUAUCCUUUCAUCACAAGAAAUGACCUGUCAGAUGCCGCGUGCGUGUCCAGUACUUCUGGAAGUAGGAACUGGCUAUUGAAGAACUUUGGCAAGUUCUCCAAGUAUGCAACUUUGGAAGAGCUGGACAUUCUAAAUGCAGAUUUCUCCAGUUUUGAUUCUUUGGAUCUGCUGACCCCAAGCCAAGCAGCUGAACUCACUCUGACCUCUGGACCACUGAACAGCACAAGUCAGAUCGACCGAGUGUUUGACAGACUAAAGACUGGAGAUGCUUUCAACAACGUGGAUGAUUUUUUAACAACGCUCUCUGAUCUGAAGGCUGACCUAAGCAUUGUCCCAGCUGUGAGAGAUGUGAUGAUGAAUAGAACCUUCCAGAUCAUCAGCAUCAAGUUUUCACAGUUUGAGACCUCUGACUGGAUGGAGUGGUUUGACCUCAAGCUGAUCCCUGUCCUUCCCAGUUUCACUGCAGAGAUGCUACAGAUCACAAUCACCAAUAUAACCUGCACUGACUACCAAGUGAUUGUUUCAGGAAUGAGCAAGGUGUUCUCCAAGAUGAGUGCCAGCAGGAGGGAGGAAAUAACAGAGGUUUUAGUCAAUUUCCUGAAGGAAUUUGCUGCACAGCUAAAGACACCAGUUUGCCGGAAGGAUAUCCACAGUGAUGCUGACUGGUUGACUACCAACUUGGGUCUGUUCUUGACAACGACACCCUACUCUGUCCUCAAAGACUUCAACAUCUCUAGGGUGGCAGUUCUGGAAUCCCUUUCUCCAGCACAGAAAGCAGAGCUGAUUCUUGAUCCAACCAGUGGGGCUCUAGAGAAUGACACGUUGGUAACGGAGGUGAUGAUUAGAAUCCUGUCAUCGUCAGGAGAAGAGCAGCUCUAUAUGUUCUUUGAGACUUUUGCCAACGUCACCAAAAAGAAAAAUAUUGACUUCAUCAAAAACACAGCUGUGAGAGACACGAUCCUGGACGAGACGUUGACUGCUCUUGCACCCAAUUUUGUCGUCUUCCAAAAAAGUCAGUUUGAGUUGUGGUUCCAAAAGUAUCUUUUUGUUCUACUGGCCAGUUUCCAACCAUCGUACCUGGUCCUGAUUCCUAAGAACCUCAGCUGUGACUCCUAUAAGGCAAUUUUGAAGGGUCUGGAUAUGAGUCUGAAUGUUCUUCCACUGGACCUUGAAGAGGAACUCAGAUCAAGCAGAGAAAUGAUGAGCCAUGCUUUGCCAAAAGAUUGCAGAGCUCCCUUCCCUGUUGGUGUGUGCAAGAGGACAGUGGUAGAUGAACAUGUUUGUCAAGGUGUAGGCAGUCACCUACCUCAGACUCAAGCCUCCUUUGGAAAUGACUCUGCACAGCUCUGCAACUUCAGCAUCUAUGAAUACGCCUGUUCAUCAGUUGAAGCUCUGACCUCCAAUGACCUGGUCACUAUAAUGACAUGUAAUCUGGCAAGCGGCAAGAACUACAGCAGGGUCACUUGGAAGCUUUUCUUCCAAAAGUUUGAAGCACCUCUGGAGGAAGCCUUGGAUGCGUUCUCCAACAUGACCCUCAUCGUCAGUCUGACCGACCCGCAUGUUCUCGAUGCCAUCGGAGAGGUGAAAGUCAACAACUUCACUGAGGAACAGCUUGCGGAGGCUGUUUUCAUCAACGAGUGGUUCCAGAUCAGGCUCAGACCAUUCUUGUCAACAGUUUCCUCUGACUUCCUCUCCUGUCUAAGUUCCAAGAAAUUCAGCUGUCAGACCUUCCAAGUUGUGGUGGAGGCUCUUAGCAGUCAAGAUAAGAUCAUGGAAGAAGAGCAGAAAUGGUCCAUCUUUAGUUAUUUCAUCUAUCCUUUCAUCACAAGAAAUGACCUGUCAGAUGUCGGGUGCGUGUCCAGUACUUCUGGAAGUAGGAAUUGGCUAUUGAAGAACUUUGGCAAGUUCUCCAAGUAUGCAACUUUGGAAGAGCUGGACAUUCUAAAUGCAGAUUUCUCCAGUUUUGAUUCUUUGGAUCUGCUGACCCCAAGCCAAGCAGCUGAACUCACUCUGACCUCUGGACCACUGAACAGCACAAGUCAGAUCGACCGAGUGUUUGACCGACUAAAGACUGGAGAUGCCUUCAACAACGUGGAUGAAUUUUUAACAACGCUCUCUAAUCUGAAGGCUGACCUAAGCAUUGUCCCAGCUGUGAGAGAUGUGAUGAUGAAUAGAACCUUCCAGAUCAUCAGCAUCAAGUUUUCACAGUUUGAGACCUCUGACUGGAUGGAGUGGUUUGACCUCAAGCUGAUCCCCGUCCUUCCCAGUUUCACUGCAGAGAUGCUACAGAUCACAAUCACCAAUAUAACCUGCACUGACUACCAAGUGAUUGUUUCAGGAAUGAGCAAGGUGUUCUCCAAGAUGAGUGCCAGCAGGAGGGAGGAAAUAACAGAGGUUUUAGUCAAUUUCCUGAAGGAAUUUGCUGCACAGCUAAAGACACCAGUUUGCCGGAAGGAUAUCCACAGUGAUGCUGACUGGCUGACUACCAACUUGGGUCUGUUCUUGACAACGACACCCUACUCUGUCCUCAAAGACUUCAACAUCUCUGGGGUGGCAGUUCUGGAAUCCCUUUCUCCAGCACAGAAAGCAGAGCUGAUUCUUGAUCCAAUCAGUGGGGCUCUAGAGAAUGAGACGUUGGUAACGGAGGUAAUGAUUAGAAUCCUGUCAUCGUCAGGAGAGGAGCAGCUCUAUAUGUUCUUUGAGACUUUCGCCAACGUCACCAAAAAGAAAAAUAUUGACUUCAUCAAAAACACAGCUGUGAGAGACACGAUCCUGGACGAGACGUUGACUGCUCUUGCACCCAAUUUUGUCGUCUUCCAAAAAAGUCAGUUUGAGUUGUGGUUCCAAGAGUAUCUUUUUGUUCUACUGGCCAGUUUCCAACCAUCGUACCUGGUCCUGAUUCCUAAGAACCUCAGCUGUGACUCCUAUAAGGAAAUUUUGAAGGGUCUGGAUAUGAGUCUGAAUGUUCUUCCACUGGACCUUGAAGAGGAACUCAGAUCAAGCAGAGAAAUGAUGAGCCAGGCUUUGCCAAAAGAUUGCAGAGCUCCCUUCCCUGUUGGUGUGUGCAAGAGGACAGUGGUAGAUGAACAUGUUUGUCAAGGUGUAGGCAGUCACCUACCUCAGACUCAAGCCUCCUUUGGAAAUGACUCUGCACAGCUCUGCAACUUCAGCAUCUAUGAAUACGCCUGUUCAUCAGUUGAAGCUCUGACCUCCAAUGACCUGGUCACUAUAAUGACAUGUAAUCUGGCGAGCGGCAAGGACUACAGCAGGAUCACUUGGAAGCUUUUCUUCCAAAAGUUUGAAGCACCUCUGGAGGAAGCCUUGGAUGCGUUCUCCAACAUGACCCUCAUCGUCAGUCUGACCGACCCGCAUGUUCUCGAUGCCAUCGGUGAGGUGAAAGUCAACAACUUCACAGAGGAACAGCUUGCGGAGGCUGUUUUCAUCAACGAGUGGUUCCAGAUCAGGCUCAGACCAUUCUUAUCAACAGUUUCCUCUGACUUCCUCUCCUGUCUAAGUUCCAAGAAAUUCAGCUGUCAGACCUUCCAAGUUGUGGUGGAGGCUCUUAGCAGUCAAGAUAAGCUCAUGGAAGAAGAGGAGAAAUGGUCCAUCUUUAGUUAUUUCAUCUAUCCUUUCAUCACAAGAAAUGACCUGUCAGAUGCCGGGUGCGUGUCCAGUACUUCUGGAAGUAGGAACUGGCUAUUGAAGAACUUUGGCAAGUUCUCCAAGUAUGCAACUUUGGAAGAGCUGGACAUUCUAAAUGCAGAUUUCUCCAGUUUUGAUUCUUUGGAUCUGCUGACCCCAAGCCAAGCAGCUGAACUCACUCUGACCUCUGGACCACUGAACAGCACAAGUCAGAUCGACCGAGUGUUUGACAGACUAAAGACUGGAGAUGCUUUCAACAACGUGGAUGAAUUUUUAACAACGCUCUCUGAUCUGAAGGCUGACCUAAGCAUUGUCCCAGCUGUGAGAGAUGUGAUGAUGAAUAGAACCUUCCAGAUCAUCAGCAUCAAGUUUCCACAGUUUGAGACCUCUGACUGGAUGGAGUGGUUUGACCUCAAGCUGAUCCCUGUCCUUCCCAGUUUCACUGCAGAGAUGCUACAGAUCACAAUCACCAAUAUAACCUGCACUGACUACCAAGUGAUUGUUGGGGGACUGAGCAGUGAUUCUGUUAAUAUGCCAAAGACCAGAAAACAGGAACUUGUGGAUGUUCUUGUUGCACACUUGAGGAAAUCGUUGCAACAAUUUAAUCAACCACGUUGCAGAGAGAACAUCCAGACGGUUUCAGACUGGCUCACUGUUAACCUGGGCCAGUUCUCCAACUACAUGUCCUACUCUCAGCUGGCAGAACUUAAUAUUUCCACCAGUGUUAUUGACACGACCACAACCACAAGUGCUACCACCACAAUCGCAACUCACACAACAGUUGCUGAUGUUGACAUUGCCACCACCCCUGCUUCCAUUACUGCUACUGACACCACCACGACUGAAAGUGACAGCCCUCCCAGUGGUUUUGAAACCACCACCGUCACUUCUGUUUAUUCCAACACCAAUGAUGUGAGCAUCAAUUCUAGUAACACCACCACUACGGAAAGCACCUCUUCUGGAAUUACCUCUUCAGAGAAUGUCAUUGUCAGUAAUAGUACCAUCAACAGUGUUACCUCAGCACUCAUCAUCUCUUGCCAAGGGGUAGACAGUCGUCCACUUGAGACUCAGCUCCAGUCUGGAGAUGCAUCAGAAGUGCUCUGCAGCUUCACUAUCCCUGACUAUGCCUGUUCUUCAGCUGUUGUUCUUUCUUUCAAAAAUCUGACCACACUUCUAACAUGCAAACUAUCAAGCUCUGUGAAAUACUCCAAAGAAAUGUGGACGAUUUUCUUCCAAAGAUUUUCAGCACAGCUGGAUGAAGCUCUGGAUGCGUACUCCAACAUGACCCUCAUCGCCAGUCUGACCGACCCGCAUGUUCUCGAUGCCAUCGGUGAGGUGAAAGUCAACAACUUCACCGAGGAACAGCUUGCGGAUGCUGUUUUUAUCAACGAGUGGUUCCAGAUCAGGCUCAGACCAUUUUUAUCCACAGCAUCAAAGGAUUUCCUUUCUCAUCUCAGUUCCAAGCAAUUUAACUGUCUGAGCUACCAAGUUGUUGUGGAGGCUUUCAGUUCUCAAGAACCUCUAAUGAAGAACCAGCAGAAACUUUCGGUCAUUACCGAUUUCAUCAUUCCUUUCCUGUCAAGAGCUGACCUGUCAGAUGCCGGGUGCGUGUCCAGUACUUCUGGAAGUAGGAACUGGCUAUUGAAGAACUUUGGCAAGUUCUCCAAGUAUGCAACUUUGGAAGAGCUGGACAUUCUAAAUGCAGAUUUCUCCAGUUUUGAUUCUUUGGAUCUGCUGACCCCAAGCCAAGCAGCUGAACUCACUCUGACCUCUGGACCACUGAACAGCACAAGUCAGAUCGACCGAGUGUUUGACCGACUAAAGACUGGAGAUGCUUUCAACAACGUGGAUGAAUUUUUAACAACGCUCUCUGAUCUGAAGGCUGACCUAAGCAUUGUCCCAGCUGUGAGAGAUGUGAUGAUGAAUAGAACCUUCCAGAUCAUCAGCAUCAAGUUUUCACAGUUUAAGACCUCAGACUGGAUGGAGUGGUUUGACCUCAAGCUGAUCCCUGUCCUUCCCAGUUUCACUGCAGAGAUGCUACAGAUCACAAUCACCAAUAUAACCUGCACUGACUACCAAGUGAUUGUUUCAGGAAUGAGCAAGGUGUUCUCCGAGAUGAGUGCCAGCAGGAGGGAGGAAAUAACAGAGGUUUUAGUCAAUUUCCUGAAGGAAUUUGCUGCACAGCUAAAGACACCAGUUUGCCGGAAGGAUGUCCACAGUGAUGCUGACUGGCUGACUACCAACUUGGGUCUGUUCUUGACAACGACACCCUACUCUGUCCUCAAAGACUUCAACAUCUCUAGGGUGGCAGUUCUGGAAUCCCUUUCAAAGCUGAUUGUAGAUCCAACCAGCGAGGUUCUAAAGAAUGAGAUGUUGGUAAAGGAAGUGAUGACUGGAAUUCUAUCAUCAUCAGUAGAGGAGCAGAUCUAUAUGUUCUUUGAGAGUUUUAUCAACGUCACCAAAAAGAUGAACGUGACUAGCAUUCCUGCAGUGGUGUCAAAGACCAUUCUGAACAUGACUCUGGAGUCUCUGGUGUCCCGCUUCCAGACCUUCAGUCCACAGGACUUUACCCUGUGGUUCCAGACCUAUCUCCGCCUCUUCCUUCCUGGGAUUGGUUCAAACACCCUGUCAGUCAUCCCCAGGAACAUCAGCUGUGACUCCUACAGAGAAAUAGUGAAAGGGUUUAACAUUGUGUACAGCGACCUCUCAAUCUCACAGUCUGGACAGAUCUUCAGUUUCAUACAAGACUACCUUCAGUACAAAUCCAGUCAAGAACCGAAUGGUCUGAGUUGCUAUAGCGGCGGGAGCUUCUUUGUCUUCCUCAAGAGCUUCUUCCUCAGUUUUGGGUUUCCUGACCUGAGUGGCGUUCUGUCCAUCAUCCCGGCCAACCGACAGAAAGAGCUGUUGGGAUCCAUCUCUCCAGGAGAACUGAGCCAGUUUCUGAAUGGGACGAACACAGUGGGUAACGGGUCAGAUUUCUGCACGUUCCUCAACAACUACAACAGUAUCGGCCAGUACCUGGAGAAGGAGCCGGUUGUAUCUGCAGCUGUGGGCAGGCAGACGUUGGCAUGUGUUUGGUCUCGUGCUCUCAGUGCGUCGUCUCAGGAUGAGGUGGAUCAGUGGUUUAAUGUCAGACUGGGUCGGUACCUGCCCUUCCUCAGCUCUCAGCUCAUCAACUCCACUCAGCUCAGCGGCGCCUCCUGCCUGUCCUACAGGAAACUGGUUUCAUUUCUGGGGAACAACUAUAAUUUCUCAGGCACUGAUUUCACCCCAGCUGAUGUCUACAGCUCUAUAAAGUCUUAUCUGAAAAGCAGUGAUGGAUCUCCACGCUGUUAUAACUCCUCUGAUCCCCUUCUGAACUCCACUGCCUGGUUUUCUAACAACAUUGGAUUCUUCAUCACCUUCAUCACCCUCACUGACCUCCAGUCCUUUGUACCAGAGGACAAGAUCGGUGUGUUUCUGGAAAACCCUCAGAAUCUCCAGCUGUUUAACAACACAGCAAUUACAUCCAAUGUCACUCAAUACUACAGCUCCCAGUUAUUCAUCCAGAACCCUGCCAUCGACCUACUCAGGUUGCCAGGUGUGCUUUUGUGUGGAGCUCCUGGCUUUGUAUUUCUGUCUCUUGGAGAUAAAAGCACAAAGACCAUCUUGGAGAGUGUCAAUAAAUUCUGCAGUGGAAUUAAUCCAGAGAUCUCAACUGCACUAGUCAGAAACUUCCCCACUAUAUCCACCUCCACCAUCCAGACACUUGGAAACCAGAGCGUUGGUCUGACACAGGGUCAGAUAUCCACUCUGACCCCCACUGUGAUUAACAGCACUCUGCCUACACUCAGCACCGUCACAGGCUGGAACCAGGGUCAGGCCAACGCCCUCAUCAAGAGCAUCACUAGUGCAGGAUUCACUAUCAACAGCGCAUCUUCUCUGGUGAGUCUGGGAACUCUCAUCGCAGGCGUUCCCUCUGCAACCAUCAGCAGCAUCCCAUCCACUCAGCUUCUUAAUGUGUCCCAGAAUCCAACAUUCAUCAGCAAUGUUCUCUCAGCACCGGUGGUUCUACAACGUAAAUAUGUCCAGAAGAUCGUCUCUGUGGACAAGACAAGAGUGGUGCAGAAUGUUCCAGAUGCUUUGGCAGCAUAUGUCCCCCGAGUGCUGCUGACAAACCUGAGAUUUAUCACUGUUACACUGAUCAAUAAGAAGAGCUGGAGUCAACAACAGGCUGCUGUGAUGUUUGGAGAAGUUUCUAAAUCCACAGUUGAUACAGAACAGCUGUCAGAGUCAGUACUGCAGGGAUUCACCUGUAACUCAGUGAAGACUCUUUCACUACAGAAGAUCAGACAGCUGGUAACAGCCUGUAGACCACGUGCAGGCAGGAACAAGGUCGUCCUGAAAGAGUCUCAGCUGUCCUGCAUGAACAACUACGUAAAACAGGACUCAUCACUGAGCUUUACUGACGUACCUUCAGACAUGCUGCUCUACUACAGCUACAAGAAGGUUCAGACGGUGAACUGCAGGUCGUACUUCAGUGCUCUGGGUGCAGCAGAUUUCUCGGUUCUUUCCCGGGGUUUCAACAAACCAUCUGUUUUAUUCAGCAACGCUCAAAACUGCCUGGGUAUAUCUGGGUUUAAUCUGAGCAAGGAUCAGGUGGGGGUUCUGGGUAAUAUGAUCUGCACACUGAACCCAUCCUACAUCCAGAACUCUGAUCCACUCAUCCUGGAGAAUCUGAAGAACUGUGGAGAUCUUUCUGACACUCAGGUCACCGCCAUACAGACACUGCUAUUCUCUGGAAACACUCAGUAUGGUAAUCCAACAGCAUGGAAUCUGAGGACCCUGCAGCAGCUGGACAUUCUACCCCUCUACUUCAAACAAGACUUCUGGGACAAAUUUGGCUUUACUCUGAAGAAAAGAUAUUUCAGAUCAUUCCUGCCAAUGCUGAGAAAGAGGAAAACCCUGAAAUGGAAGCUGGGAAGACUGAUCAGAGCAUCCAUGGCUGGCACUUAUAAACGUUCAGCAGACUGUACUUUUGGAAACAUCACAGCCGUGACGAUUGCAGAUGAAUUGUUCCCUUACGGCUACGACUCCACCCAGUUUGAUUUGUGUCUGGACGCUACUGUACUAAACGAUAACCUGGCAGCCGUUACUGAGAAAGUGGUGGACGAAAGCUUAGAGAUGAUCAUUCUGGACAAACUGAACCAGCUUUACCCAUCAGGUCUUCCAGAGAGUGUAGUACAGUUACUGAGCUCCACAUCCCGUGUAGCCAAUGUUAGUGACAUCAGCAAGUGGAGCAUUACCACAAUUGAUACCCUGUCCUCACUGAUGAACCCAGAUAAUGGAGACUGGACUUCAGAUCAGAGUAAAGCAGUGAUUAUGAAGUAUCUCAGUGUGGAGGGGAACACUCUGGGAAUGGAUGAACUAAAUUCUAUUGGCUCAAAUCUUUGUUCUUUGGACGUCAGCGUCCUCAAGACCAUCACUGCUGAUAGUCUGGGGACUGCAGUUGAAUUGGAUAUAUCUUCUUGCUCUAUUGAUCAGAAAUCAGUUCUGUACAGCAUUGCAAACUCCUCCUUCAGCAGCCAAACCAACGACUCCUCAAUGUUUUACCAGCUCAUCAGCCCCUACCUGGGUGGAGCUCCAGUGGAAGAUAUAAGAGCUCUUUCUACUCAGAACAUCAGCAUGGACAUCAGCACCUUCCUCAGUCUGAACCCUGCUGUAAUUAUGGACCUGAGUGUAAGCACGGUGCAGGAUCUGAUGGGGGUGAACAUUGCUGAUCUGAAGACGUUUGAGGAAUCUUCAGUAAUUCAGGCCUGGGUGGCUCAGCAGAAACAGUCUGAAUUAAACACCCUGAAUAUUGACCUGCAGGGGGGUAUAGAUGAUAUCAACACCUCUACAUCUGCUCCAGUUACCAGUACUUCCAUAACUGACAGUGAAACCACCACCAUCUCUACUGAAACCACCACCACUGCUGCUGAAACCACCACCACUGCUGCUGAAACCACCACCACAGCUGCUGAAACCACCACCACUGCUGCUGAAACCACCAAUACUGGUGAAACCACCACUACUACUGCUGAAACCACCACUGCUGCUGCUGAAACCACCACCACUGCUGCUGCUGAAACCACCACCACUGCUGCAGAAACCACCACCACUGCUGCUGAAACCACCACCACAGCUGCUGAAACCACCACCACUGCUGCUGAAACCACCACCACUGCUGCUGAAACCACCACCACUGCUGCUGAAACCACCACUACUACUGCUGAAACCACCACUACUGCUGCUGAAACCACCACCACAGCUGCUGAAACCACCACCACUGCUGCUGAAACCACCACCACUGCUGCUGAAACCACCACCACUGCUGCUGAAACCACCACUACUACUGCUGAAACCACCACUACUGCUGCUGAAAUCACCACCACUACAGCUGCUGAAACCAUCACCACUGCUGCUGAAACCACCACCACCACUGCUGCUGAAACAACCACCACUGCUGCUGCUGAAACCAUCACCACUGCUGCUGCUGAAACCAUCACCACUGCUGCUGAAACCACCACCACUGCUACUGAAACAACCACCACUGCUACUGAAACCACCACCACUGCUACUGAAACCACCACUACUACCGCUAAAGACACCACCACCAUCAAUACCGCUGUCAAUACCAACACAAAUUAUAUUGAUAGCACCACAACCGCUACUGCUAUUGACACCACCAGCAUUUCGGUUAGUGGCGCUGCAACUGCUGCCAACACCUCCACCAGUGCUGGACACAGCACCACCUCUGCUGUUGACACCACUAAUAGUGCAAGUGAAACCACCAUGGUUGCUUCUGACACCACAACAACUGCUGUUGACACCUCAACCACUUUUAGUGUCAGCACCACCACCAGUGCAACAGAUACCACAAAACCUGCUGUUGAAACCACAAUAAGCGUUACCGAAUCUACCAAAAAUGCGGUUGACACCACUACUAUUCACACCACAGCCAGUGCCAGUGACACCUCCAUGACUGCUGAUGACACCUCUACAAUUGCUGUUGAUAUCACAACAACUGCUAGUCACAGCACUACUAAUGGUUUUGAAACCAUCACAACUGCCACAAAUCCUGCUGACAUCACCAUGACUACUAGUCACAGCACCACCACUGCUCCUGACACCACAAGCAGGGUGAGUGACUCCACCACAACCACUGGAGACACCAUCACUACUAGUCACAGCACCACUACUCUUUCUGACACCAUCACCAGUGCUAUAGAUACAACAAAAUCUGCUGCUGAAACCACCAAAAUAGCUGUUGACACCACCGCCACUGCUAGUCACACCACAGCCAGUGCUAUUGACAUAACCACAACGUCUAGUCAGACCACCUCAAUUGCUGGUGACACCACCAACAGUGCUAAAGACACUACCACAACUGCUGUUGACGCAACCACUACUACUAGUCAGAUGGCAACCAGUGUUAGUGAAACACCCCCAACUACUGUUGAUAUCACCAUAACUGCUAGUCACAGCACCACUAAUGCUGUUAAAACCAUCACAAGUGCUAGUGAGACCACCAACACAACAGCUAGUCACACUGCCACAAAUCCUGCUGACAUCACCAUCACUGCUGUUAACACCACCAGCAGUGUGAGUGAUUCCACCACAAUUACUGGACACGCCACCACUGCUAGUCAUAGCAGCACCACACCUGUUGACACAACCAACAGUGCUAUUGACACCACCACCAGAUCUAGUGACCACACCGAGACUGCUGUUGACACUACGGUCAGUACUAGAGAAACCACCAAUACAGCAACUGACACCACCACUACCAGCAAUAGUGGUAUCUCCACAGCUGCUGGUCACACCACCACCAGAGCUAUGGAUAACACCACCUCAGCUGUUGACACCACCACCAGUGCUAGCAAAACCAUCAUAGUUGCUACUAACACCUCAAGUGCUGUUGACACCACCACUGUUGUUAUUGAUUCCACCAAAACUGCUGUUGACACAGCCACCACAAGGACAUUUGACACCACCAACAAUGCUACUGACACUGCCACAACUGCAGCUAACAUCAUGAGCACUACUGGUAAUCCCACUACCACAAUUUCUAUUGACACCAUCAAACCUUCUGAAGACACCACCACCACCAUUGUUAGUCACAGCACCACCAUUCCCAUUGACACAACCAAAACCGCUGGUGACACCACCACCAGCUCUAGCCAAAGCAUCAUAGUUGCUACCUCCACAAAUGCUGUUGACACAACCUCCACCAUUAGUGAUACUACAAGUGCUGGUGACACCACAGUUGAGUCCACCAAAAUUGCUGUUGACACAACCACCAGUGCAAGUACAACCACCACAACAGCUUUUGACAGCAUUAGUAGUGUUCCUGCCUCAACUGCAGCUAGUCCCACUACCAAAAAGUCUGUUGACACCAUCACAACUACUGGAGACACCACCACCACUGUUAGUCAGAGCACCACCACUCCUGUUGACACCACCACUAGUUCUAAUGACCACACCAAAACUGCGGUUGAAACCACUGUCAUUACCAGAGAAACCACCAAAAUGGCCACCGACACAACCACAACCAGCACUAGUGACACCACCAGCUCAGCUAGCUCAACCACCAAAACUGCUGUUGACACGACCACCGGUGCUAGUACAACCACCACAAAGGCAUCUGACAUCAUCAGCAGUGUUACCAUGGCCACUACUGCUAGUCCCACUACCACAACUGCUGAAACCACCACCACUGCUAUUGGCAGCACCACCACAUCAGAUUUCUGCACAUUCCUCAACAACUACAACAGUAUUGACCAGUACCUGGAGAAGGAGCCGGUUGUAUCUGCAGCUGUGGGCAGGCAGACGUUGGCAUGUGUUUGGUCUCGUGCUCUCAGUGCGUCGUCUCAGGAUGAGGUGGAUCAGUGGUUUAAUGUCAGACUAGGUCGGUACCUGCCCUUCCUCAGCUCUCAGCUCAUCAACUCCACUCAGCUCAGCGGCGCCUCCUGCCUGUCCUACAGGAAACUGGUUUCAGUUCUGGGGAACAACUAUAAUUUCUCAGGCACUGAUUUCACCCCAGCUGAUGUCUACAGCUCUAUAAAGUCUUAUCUGAAAAGCAGUGAUGGAUCUCCACGCUGUUAUAACUCCUCUGAUCCCAUUCUGAACUCCACUGCCUGGUUUUCUAACAACAUUGGAUUCUUCAUCACCUUCAUCACCCUCACUGACCUCCAGUCCUUUGUAUCAGACAGCAAGAUCGGUGUGUUCCUGGAAAACCGUCAGAAUCUCCAGCUGUUUAACAACUCAGCAAUUUCAGCCGACGUCACCAAAUACUACAGCUCCCAGUUAUUCAUCCAGAACCCUGCAUUAAACCCCCUCAGUUUGCCAGGUGUUCUAUUGUGCGGAGUUCCUGGAUCUGCGUUUGUCUCCCUUGGAGAAACAGAAAGCCAGAAGAUCCUAGCCAUCAUCAACCAAUUCUGCCCGCAAAUUAGUCCUGAGGCAAGAGCAGCUCUGGUGGCAAACUUACCCACUAUAUCCACAACAACCAUCACAUCACUUGGAAACCAGAGUGUUGGACUGACUGAGGGUCAGAUAACUGCUGCUACCCCCAGUAUCAUUAAUACCACUCUGCCUACACUCAGCAUCGUCACCGGCUGGAACCAGGGUCAGGCCAAAGCCCUCAUCCAGAGCCUCACUAGUGCAGGAUACAAAAUCGACAGCGGUUCCUCCCUGGUGACUCUGGGCACACUGAUUGGAGGUGUUUCAUCAUCAACCCUCUCCAGCAUCCCACCCACUCAGCUUCUGAACGCAUCCUACAAUCCAACAUUCAUCACCAACAUUCUGUCAGCACCAGUGAUUCUGAAAGAGACCUACGUUCAGCAGAUUGUUUCUGUAGAUCAGACCAAAGUGGUGGAGAAUGUUCCGGAUGCUCUGGCGUCGUACAUCCCACCUGUAAUCCUGUCAUCUCCGACAUCUGUUAAUGUCACGCUCAUCAACAAGAAGAGCUGGAGACAAGAGCAGGCUCUGGUGUUGUUCGGUCCAGUCGCCAGUGCCAGUAGUGAUACCGAAGAGCUGUCAGAGUCAGUACUGCAAGGAUUCACAUGCAGCUCAGUACAGACUCUAUCGGUGCAGAAGAUCAGACAGCUGGUGAAAGCCUGUAGACCACGAACAGGCAGGAACAGGAUCACCCUGAAAGAGUCUCAGCUGACCUGCAUGUACAACUAUGUGAAGGAGGACUCGACUCUAAACUUCACCGAUUUACCUUCCAACAUGCUGCUCUACUACAGUUAUGAUAAGGUGCCGAAGGAGAAGUGUACGUCAUUCUUCAGUGCUCUGAGUGCAGCUGAUUUCUCCAUUCCGUCCAGCGUCCUCAACCUUCCGUCCACCCUGUUCAAGAGCGCUCAGGACUGUCUGGGUAUAUCUGGGUUUAAGCUGAGCAGGGAUCAGGUGGGGGUUCUGGGUAAUAUGAUC